GUGUGUGUGUGUGUGAGAGAGAGAGAGAGAGAGAGAGAGAGAGAGGGCACUGAAUCCUCCUGAGCCCUGAAGUUUGAUGCUAUAGAUUAGGGUUAUGGAAGGUGUAUUCCUCCUUGAUUCCAACAGCGACGUCGUCUUUCAAGUAGAAAAAAUGGCAACAGAAUCUACUGGAAAUUCUGGGAGGAAAAAGCUUGCGGACAUUAGUAACAUGCCGCGGAAACCUAGUACUUUGAGCCAAGAUAACAAGCCCCGGCCAAAUUCCGCAACCGUGAAAGAGUAUAUAGAGCAGCUCCAAAAGGAAAAUGCAGCACUCAUGAAGCUCGUAGCAGAUAAAAAUAGAAUUAUUGAACUCAGUGGAGCUGAGUUACACAAACUGAGGAUUACUUUGCAGAAGAUGCAACAGCAGAAUUUGCAGCUUGCCCAGUCAAAUAGUCAGAUGCUAGCGGAACUAAAUUCUGGCAAGGAUAGGCUGAAAGACCUGCAACAUCAGCUUGGAUGCAAAAACGGUUUGCUUAUAGCAAAAAAAAUGGAGUUAGAGGGAAAAUGGAAAACCAAAACAUGUCAAACGAAUGAUCCUAAGAGAAUGAAUGUAUCUGAGCAUGAGGAACCAGGAGUCUGUAUAGUAGCAGAACGAGAUAAAGACAAACAAUGUAAUGCUGGCGGAAGGCAGAAAUCCAAAAGUUUAGGCCCUUCUGUUAGGAAGGAUCAGGAUAAGGGUGUGGGUGACAAUGGAAGGAUCCGAGCUAGAAGGCAAUCUGCUAGGUUUAAGCAUGAUGAACCAAAAUCGACAAAAGACUUGUUCCAUACAGAUAAUGUGGAUCUUCCACCAUGUCCGUUACUUGAUGAUACUAUGCAAGAGGAUGAUUCACAUUUGGUGAAGGUUUCAGUCAAGAAAGAAGAUGUAGAAGGUGAUUCUGUAAGUCUAGAACGUAGAAGAUCGUCUAUUUCAAGACCAUCACGUGAAGCUGCUAAGAAGGUUCAGUCUUACAAAGAAAUGAAUGUUAAAGUGAAACUGCGGAGAACUGAGUGAGUGUUUUUCCAACUUCUUCUUGUUAGGAAUUCUGAAGAGUUGAAUUUGGUUUUGAAAUGGGUGUGAAAGCUGCUCGGAAACUUCCCCUCCAAUUGUUAUCUGUACACACACACACACACUCACUGUUGACCUGCAACAAUUUGGUUUAAAUUCCAUCUUGGGUGUAGGAUGUAUUGGACAUAUGAUAGAGAAGUAGGUUUGUAUUCAAUUGAAGUGGGUAUAUUUGUUUGUAAGUUGUAUGUUGAGCAUUCACAUA